UAACAUCAAAAUAUCGACUGGUGGGGGACAUUACAACAUAAAAAGCAUCAUUUUGUGGACAAUAACAAACUAAAAAAGACAACAAAAAAAAAAAAAAAAAGGAGAGAGCACUUGUAACCUGAUCGACUGGCGAGAAGAGCGAAGAGGCAGACUGUCCACACGGUGUGAUCCGUUUCUAUGUGUUAGACCAACAUCCAAGAAUAGCAACGCGUGCGGCCACCGAGCGAGGAGAUGGAGGAGGAAGUGGUGGAUUUAACAACUGUUGCUUUUGCUGCUUCUGCUGCUGCUGCCGCCGCUGCUGCUGCGGAACCAACUACCUCUCAGUCCGGGCGGCAUGGUGAAUAUCGGACAGGAAUAAAUUCUAUUUUAGACUGUCAUUGUGGAUCAGAGUGCAAGUCCACAGGGAUAUUAAAAAAGUCCUUCCUAUUUAAGGUAAUUUAAUAAAACAAAAAAACCCAAACAAACAAAGCUAGAGACAAUUAGGAGCGCGUAUCGGUUUCCUGCUUUAAACGGAGUAUGUACUCGCCUGUCCAUUCAGCGUCUAUCUUGCGACUGUAUUAUUGGCCACAGACGCUUGAGAGCUGCUGGCGGCGCAUGUCUGCAGCAGAAAAGGCAGACAAGGAGCGUCUGUGUGAUGAAUGGAAAAGCAGACUGGCUCUGCUGUAAGACAGCGGUGAUCGGAUAACCUGUUGAACUGCAGCUGUCAGUCAGCUCCCAAGUCAUGCAGGAAUCACAGGCAGAAAGAAAGAAAGAAAAAAAAACAUUAACAGGAGAAACACGCGUUACAUCAAUGGCAGCAAAAGUGGCCUUAUACGCUGUUGGUAGCUAAAGAGCUUUUCUUCAGAACCUCUGAAGAAAUGGAAAUGGAAACGUCCGAAGACUAUUCUACUAGUAACGGCCAAUGCUCUUCCGGCAAGGAGGACUCGAGAAUGGUGGUGGAUGUGUCACCACCUAAUGUACCAGCACUUCCCCAGGGUCCUAAUUCCCCCAAUGAAGUGGCUAUAAAGCAAGAGGAAGAUCUGGUGGAAGAUGGUGACAAUAGCAGCACAGCACCUGAAGAAAUGGGUCACCGAGGAGAUGAAGGAGUAACACCGGAGGAAUCUGCGACGAGCAGCCCACACAAUGGACAAGAUGGGCCUGGACCAAAUGCACCAUCAGACGCAGGGAUUCGACAACAAAAUGGUGACAGGCCUUUCCAGUGCAACCAGUGUGGUGUAUCGUUCACCCAGAAGGGGAACCUGUUGCGACACAUUAAGCUGCACACAGGUGAAAAACCCUUCAAGUGCCCCUUCUGCAGCUAUGCUUGCCGGCGCCGUGACGCCCUCACUGGCCAUCUUCGUACUCACGCUGUUGGCAAACCACACAAGUGCAACUUCUGUGGACGGAGUUACAAACAACGGACAUCACUGGAGGAGCACAAAGAGCGUUGCCACAGUUACCUCAGCUUGGAUCCUGGUGCCAACACAGGCCCUUACACAGGUGAAGUUCCAAAAGGGGGCAUGGCUGAGGCCGGCAGCAUGCCAGCCUUCGAUCGGCCACCUGUCAUUGAAAGACUGCCCACUAACGUUGGCAAGAGGAAGAGCACUACACCUCAGAAAUUUGUGGGAGAAAAGCUUCGCUACAGCUACCCUGAUAUAGGCUACCAUGAGAUGCGCUUGAAAUAUGAAAAUCAUCCCGAAUUGAUACCACCCCACAUGAUGGACCAGGCUAUCAACAAUGCCAUGACGUACUUGGGAUCGGACACCCUCCGUCCAAUGCUCCACCAUCCAGGUCCAUCUGUAUCUAUGGCUGAGGUUGUUCCCAUUGUCAAUCCCCUUUAUCACCAUGUUAUACCAUUUAGCCAGCAACCAGAGCGUCCAGGAAACUGCGAAACACUUCCACCACAUCCACCCCAAUCCCAAGAUUUCCCCAGCCACCCCACUUCGAAUGGCUCUACUUCCUUAACUCGGCAGAACAAGCAACCUCAGGCAUCACAGGAGGAAUCAGCAAGCAACAGCGGCGUUGACUCGGCUGACUCGGCUCGAAGCAGCCCUCAGGAAAGGCAGGGGUACCUGAACACCAGCACACCUGCAGGCCUCAGGUCACGAGCCAGUCCAGCUGUGGGCUCUGGUGAGCGAGUUAUUGAUGUGUCACCCAGGAGUGGGACAGGAGUGGGAGCAGGGAUGAUGCGUGUGGUAACAGAGCGGCCAGUGGGCCACGAAGGGGUGCGGGUGUUCGCUCGAGACGGCCACGAGCUGCGAGCCUUUCAGUGUGACCACUGUCGACUGCUCUUUCUGGACCACGUCAUGUACACCAUCCACAUGGGUUGCCACGGUUACAGGGAUCCCCUUGAGUGCAACAUCUGUGGUCACCGAAGCAAAGACCGCUACGAGUUCUCUUCGCACAUAGUUCGAGGGGAGCACACUUUCCAUUAAAAGGGACAAAACGGAAGCAAGCGGGAAGCUUUGGGAAUAAGACAAGCAUUAACCUGCUAUCCAUCCCUUCCCUGUGAAAGUGCAUAAAACAGUGGCACUGUAGGCACGUGUAGCACAAUCAAAGACUACUUUUUAAGCUACUGGUUGUAAAUUGGAGCUGUUGAACAAUCACAUGAAGGUAUGGGCCAAAGACAUAUUUUGUACUUAUUUAACUAACUUAGAACAAAUAAGUUUCUUUUUUCCUCUUUUCUAACCAAUUAAUUGUUUAUGAGAGCAGCUGCCAGCUUUUAGCCGGUUUUUCAUUUUAAUUUUACAUGGAAUGAUCUUUCUUGGAGCUUUUGAGUUUUAAACUUUGUUUGGCUGCAACAUAGUCAUGUACCGUGAAGGCUCAAUUAAAUGUAAGAAAAAACGGGAAGUAGCUUAGAACAAUCUCACCAGUGCAUUACUAAAUUGAGUGUGGAAAUUUUGGAUGAACAAAAAGACAAAAGUGUAUUUUAAUUAAAUUAAGAUGAGAGGAGGCAUGUCAGUCCCACUGACAACACAAUGGCCACACAAUGUCAAACUAGUUUUACAGUCGAAUACAUUUUAGAAGUGAAAUGUAAUGUUUUCUAAAUUAUACAACAGAUUUCAAAAGGAUAUUCUAUUAUACAUGUAGAUUAGUAUGUACUAAUUCAAUCUGAAUUAAUCCAUGGAUCCUUUGGUAAUUGGUUGUGCUUCUUAGAGAAUAACGACAAAAACCAACAAACAAGUUCAAUGUUUUUUUGUUCAAAAUAUAUUAAAAUGAAAGUUUUUAUUAUUAUUAUUAUUAUUAUUAUUAUUAUUAUUAUUACACAUGGUCUAAAAUAGAUAGGAAGAAAUUUAGUUGACCUUCAAAAUAAAAGCUUGACUAAAUUGUUGAUAUUCCUGUGGAGGCACCAUAGUUUUAAUCGUCCUAUGCUGACAUUGGGAGGUCCUGUUCUUCUUUACACAUCAAUACCAAGUUCUUAUUUCUGUUUAAACCUUCAUGAAACACAGCUUGUAUUUCAAUUCAAUACUUUGCAUUUUAAAACAUUUUAUUUAUUCUUUUUUUUUUUUUUUUACAAUACUGGUUUUUGAUGUGCAAAUCCAAUUAUCAAGGAAUUCAUGGUCUUGUUCCAAGACAGGGUGCCUUGGAACAAGUUUACUGUUUAGACUUUAAAUCAGUGUCUAAACAUUUGACACCAGAUAUUUUAAGAUCAAAUUAAACUUAAUGUCAAAUGUUUUAAAUAUAUAAAUGUAACAUGGCUGCCUAAUAAGCACAUUACAGUUUAUUGCAUGCAGGGAAAUUACUUUUGAACAUGCUAGUAAAUUAAAUGCAAAGGCCGCUUACCUAUUUGCUCGUAAGAGAGGGAUUUAAACCAUUGGUCAACAAAGAUGUAUUACAAAGAUACAGACACCCUUUCUGAUGUACCUCACUUUUUAAUCUCUUUGGAUUUAAGCAUGAAACCAUAUGAGUUAGUUUCCAUAAAAUGUGUAUUUUUGUUGCAUAGUAGACACAUGCAUGUUGCACUGUUUGUCAUUUUCGCGCAUUAUCACCAUUGCAGAGAAACGGUUUACUGAUGCUGAAGCUAAAGUGUUGCACUGCGUUGGUUUUCGUCUGCGGUUUUAUUAGGCCUUUCUCUAAUGGGGCUGCUCUUUUAUCUUCUCCUCUUCAACCCUCAUCUCACAAACAAGCAAGUACACACUAAUGUAUGUUAGUUUCCUUCACUUUGAAUCUUGCUUUGCUCACUUGCUAUAUGCCAUUACAAUCAUGUAUGACCUUUAACAGCAAGGAUCAAGAAAGGAGCAGUAUGAGCUAGGGGAUAAGUGAACAGAGUGUGGUUUCCCUACGUACGAUAGUACUAAUCUAAAGGAACUUCCAAAAACUGCAGCGUAUCAACUUUUAUACCCUUCAUCAGCUAAGAAAUAUGUAUUAAAAUGAUGUUAAGGCCAGUUCCAAACUUUUUAUUGUAGUUCAUUGAAGCACAGCAAAUUUGGGUUAAAGAGCUGGUCCUUUCUUUGCUUCUCAGCACUGAGCUCAGUACAGUAGAUCAUGGUCAUGCACUUUAUGUAUGU